AUGUCCGGCGCGACGCAGCCCGCAAACGGCUCCUUCGCGCGUCUUGUGCCGCCGACUUCUCCGGCCGCAGGAGCCGGCGGCAUCGGUGACCUGGUCUCGGUAUCUCCCCAUACCGUGCUUUCCCCGCAACUGCACGCAAACGCCCGUGUCGACCACCUCAGACUGUCGGCCGACACGGAGAGGUCUGGGUCUGUCAACAAUGAUCUUGUUAUAAGAAGUGGCUGGCUCAUGAAGCGUGGCCGGCGAUGGACUUGGAGCCGUCGCUGGUUUGUGCUAAGACCUACGCAGUUGUCGUGGUAUAAAGACGAUACCGAGUACAAAGUCUCCUCGAUCAUCCCGAUCGACGAAAUCAACACCGCGGCCGUCGUGUCCGACCAUAAAUCUCACAGCUCCAACCACAAGACUCACUUUGCUGUCUUCACGCCCAGCAGAAACUACCACCUACACGCCACCUCGGAGCAGGAUGCCCAGGCUUGGACCUAUGACAACCGAACGGUCAUCAGCAUCAACAUCAACAGCAGCAACAACAUCAACAGCCCCAGGCAAAACAACGAUGCGCUCGGCUACGGUUUCCCUCGGUCCGGCUCUCAACGCGCGCCUCAUGCCGCUCAGUCGACGCCCACAAUAGACGCGCUCGCGGCGGAGGAAGCCUCUGCGCUGGCGUCGAUGGAUCCACCGGCUUUAGAAGCGCCUUCUCUGUCCCGAAAUAUGUCGUCGUAUGACGGCACGUCUAUCAUUUCCGCGCGUACGAUGAGUCUUCAUAACGGAAGCACGUAUGAUUUUUCCGGUCCUGAGGAUAUCGGAUUCUCAUCCGGUGCAUCCGAUUGCGGCGGAGAUACUGUGCAGAGCCCUGAGAUUGUCACUGAUAUCAAUGACAAUACAUUACAAGGCGGAGGAUCGAUGGACAACUACACACCCCUUCCAGCUCCUGCGCUCUCUGGCAACGACAAGAACGUAGAGCAGGAUCUGGCGCAAUUAGAAAACGACCGGGUGAUACACAGCGGAUACUUGCUACGGCUCGUCAAGCGGUACAACCAAUGGCGUCGGAAAUGGGUGGUCUUGCGAAAGGGCAGUCUAUGCUUCUACAAAUCCGACGACGAGUACAAGCUGCUGAAGCUGAUCCCUUUGGAAUCCAUCAUCGACGUUAUGGAAGUCGAUCCUAUCUCUCGCACGAAGCAGUACUGCAUGCAGAUCAUUCUCCCAGACAAACGAGUCCGGCUCUGUUCAAAUUCAGAAGACGAUCUUACAAAGUGGCUGGUUGCGAUCAAGAAUGCUAUUAGCAGGCGAAAACGGGAGAUAGAGCAGACUACUUCCUCAGGCGACGCUUAG